AUGGUUGAGGAUCUCGUGGAAAGUAAGCAGGAUGCCCUUGCAGGCCAGUGGCUGCGAAGGGUAUUCUUCUUUUGGAACGACAAGGGAAUAACACACCUGACAUUGCGCCAGUACAUGCGCUUCCUCUACGACCUCUACACAAAGCCCGUGAACAAAGUGAUCAUCCAAGCCUACAACCAAUAUGGUCGCGUGUACGGCUCCUACCAAGGCCUGGCACCAACUCUCGUCGUCGGGGAUCCAGACAUCUUGCGAGAGGUCAUGGUCACAAAAUUCAAGAACUUCUCUGACAGAUCGUUAUCUCAGUCCUUGGGGACUGAAGUAUGGAAGAAGUCCAUCAUGAACCUCUCUGGAGAGGAAUGGAAAAGAGCACGAACAAUCUUUACGCCGGCGCUCACGGCAACCAGACUUAAGACGAUCUUGGUGAAGGUAAAAACUGUCGCAGGAAAGAUGACGUCACGAGUCAAGGAAGCGGCGGCAAAGGAUGAGCUCGUGGACUUCAGCGGGCUCGCCACCAACACGGCACUCGACAUCACAGCUGCCUUGAACUACAGUAUCGAUAUUGACAGCGAGAAUGACACGAGCCACCCAAUCAUCAAAUCUUUGGAAUCUAUUUAUAUGAGCACGGGCGGCUGGAGAGUGGUGAUGUUGUUUCUCAUGCCGUCACUGAGCAAGAUUGUGAGGCCUGACUAUCCGCCAAAGGCAUCUACCGACCUAUUCAAGGCGUUUGUUUCGCUCUUGAUGGAAGAACGCAAGUCCAAGAGCCAGGAACAAGACGACUUCCUCCAAAUUUUCAUGAAUGCUGAUUACAGCUGGGAGGAGAAUGCACAGGAGAAACCCGAGAAUGCUCAAGAAAGAAUUUGUCCAGCUGACUUUAUCCUUUCAGAAAUGACACUCGAUGAGAUAACUGCCCAGUUGCUGGUGUUCUUCGUGGCUGGCGUUGAGACGGUAUCAACAGCCCUCAGCACCACCGCUUACUACCUGGCCCUCAAUCCCGAAUGCCAAGACAGGGUCAUAUCUGAAGUGGACAAGGCAGCAUCAGAGGGAGAGAUCACGUACGAUAACCUGCAGGAGAUGCCUUACCUCGAAGCCUGCUUCAAAGAGGCGUUGAGACUUUGUACUCCCGACUCAAUCCUCAUGCGCCUCUGCACGGAAGAAACCACAGUGGGUGGAAUUGAUUUCAAGCCGGGGAUGUCCGUAGAUAUUCCCGUGGCAGGAAUCCACCAUGAUCCGGAAAAUUUUCCUGAACCGGAGAAGUUCAACCCAGACAGGUUUAUGCCAGAAAACAAGGACUCCAUAAAGCCGUUCACUUACAUUCCUUUCGGUGCCGGACCUCGCAACUGCGUCGGCAUGCGCCUCGGCAUGGUCCAAGCGAAGACAACUCUCGCUUGCCUGCUUCAGCACGUUAGGCUCGAAACGUGCCCUGAAACAAUGCGGUAA